AUGUCAUUGGCCACUAGUGAGACCGAGCUCAAAGACAAGCCAGCCAAGCUCACAGCCAAGUCGCGGUCAAGAAUCGACCAUGGAACGAUAAGAAUUAGGAACCUCCGAAACAUUGCGGAUCUUGUCUCCGACAACAACAGCUUUGCCGCACUAACGUACCCCAGCGGCCCUUGA